UAAAUUGUAAAAAUUAUUUUCAUGUGACAAUAAAGAUCUAUCUACAAUCUACCUUUGGGGUAGAUUUUUAAAUUCAAAAAAAAAGUUAAAAUACUUAAAGUUCUGCGUACUGCUUUCACGUGGGAAAUGAUUUGAAGUGUCGUCUAUGCUAAAAAAUAUUAAAAAGUCAAAAUAGAAGCAAUAUGAGUUCUGUUACUAUUGCCUGCAAUUUACCUCUGUCGGAGAGAUUAAUUGAGCGUGUUGGAUUAGCAUAUUUUAAUUCAAAAAAAAAAAGUAAUCACUUGGAUCAAAUUUCUGGAAGUGAGUUAAAUGAUGAAUUGAGGGAAAAAUUCAUUGUAAAUAUUGAUUACCUGAAAUCCCUAAAUCCAAAAGAAUGGAAGGAACAAGAUCAUUACGCAGUGCUAGGUUUAGAAAAAUUAAGGUUUGACGCAAGCGAAGAAGACAUAAGAAGAGCGUAUCGACAUAUGGUUUUACAGCAUCAUCCAGAUAAACGUAAAGCAAAAGGUGAAGAAGUUAAAACUGAUGACGACUAUUUUACAUGCAUUACGAAAGCUUACGAAACAUUAGGAAGUACAAAAUCAAGGCGGUCAUAUGAUUCAGUUGACCCAGAAUUCGAUGAUGCAGUGCCUUCACAGCUAGAUAUCGACAACAAGUUCUAUGUAAUUUUUAACAAAUAUUUUAAACUCAAUGCACGUUGGAGCGAAAAAAAAAAUGUGCCUUCUUUCGGUGAUGAAAAUUCGAAUCGUGAAGAUGUUGAUCAAUUUUAUAAUUUUUGGUAUGAUUUCAAGUCUUGGCGGGAAUUUAGUUACCUAGAUGAAGAAGAUAAGGAAAAAGGACAAGAUCGUGAUGAAAGACGAUGGAUAGAGAAAGAGAACAAAGCUGCACGAAUAAAACGUAAAAAGGAAGAAAUGGUGAGGAUACGGUCCCUUGUUGAUUUAGCGUAUAACAACGAUAAAAGAAUAUUGAAAUUCAAAAAUGAGGAAAAGGAAAAAAAAUUGGCUGCUAAACGCGCUAAAAUGGAUGCUGUUCAAGCGCAAAAAGCAGAACAGGAACGAGCUUUAAGAGAGGCCCAAUUGAUAAAAGAACAAGCUGAAAAAGCGGAACAAAAACGUAUAGAACAAAUUCGUAUUGAAAAAGAGCAAAUGAAAAAAGCGCUUAAAAAAGAAAGAAAAAUUCUAAGAGAUAAAUCCAAAGAAUCUAAAUAUUUCACUACAGAUGACAAUGAGUUGCUCAAGCAUAUGGAAGGUGUGGAAAAAAUUUGUGAAGCUUUCAGCUUAUGCGAACUCCAGGAUUUGAAUAAAUCAUUAGAAAAAGAAUCCUUUGUAAAGGCACUUCACUCCGCCGAAGAAAAAAUACAAGCAGAACUACAUGAAAUAAAUCAAUCUCAGCAAAAAAAAGAUAUUAAAACCAAUAUAAAAGAAAUAAAUAAAGGAGAAUUGUGGAAUAAUGAGAAUGUACAAUUAUUAAUUAAAGCUGUAAAUUUAUUUCCGGCUGGCACAUCACAACGUUGGGAUGUGAUCGCGUCAUUUAUAAAUCAGCAUUGCACGAAUCGAGUUAAUAUGACAGCACGCGAUAUCCUAAACAAGGCCAAGGCAUUGCAAAGUAGUGACUUUUCUAAAAGUUCACUAAAAGUCCAAGCAAACGAAACAGCUUUCGAAAAUUUUGAAAAAAUGAAGAAAGACGUCCAAACAUGUUCUGAUAUUACAAUAAACAAUUCGGAACCGGCAUGUGAGAACAAAGAGAAACCAAAAGGUAUAAAUUCAGAAACAAAUAGUAAUGCAUCGAAGAGUAAUAAACAACCAGCGGCUCCAAAAACUUGGACGAAAGAGGAGCAGGCGCUUUUAGAACAAGCCAUUAAAUCAUAUCCACCCUCUACACCUGACCGUUGGGAUCGAAUCGCAGAAUGUAUUCCAAACAGAACAAAAAAGGAUUGUUUGCGUAGAGUUAAGGAAUUGGUAGAGCUAGUUAAUUCUAAAAAAGAAGCUCAACAGGCUGUGAAAUGAUUUUCAAAUAAAACAUAUUCGGUUUUUUUGAACAUAAAAUGAUUUUUAAAAAGGAUACACAUAUAAAAUAUA